UUCAGCUAGUGUAGCUGCAACAAGAAUUGCUGUUUUAAACUCAAAGAGCUAGCAUAUUCUUGGAUUUUAUUCAUUUAUGCAAAUUACAGAAAGUAACAUUGAAACAAGGUUGGUAGUGUGUGUCUGUGCUGCAGCUCGGUUAAGCUUGACGGUCGUUGGAAAUCAAGUGCUUUGUAAGUAAAUGCAUUCUGACUACAAACAAUCAAAGAAACCGCAAUUCAAGGAUUGGCUGACUUAUUUUAGGAGGUGCUUUUUAUUAUAUGCUAAUUAGUAUCUCGUUGAAAUUUGGGACAAAGGCUGCGGCUUUCAUGGGAUCUUAUUUUUGUGAUGUGUUUGAACUGGACCUCAACUCUGUGCAGCUGCCUCUAGCCUUUCUGCAAAAGGAGCUUUAUGGUUCUUUCUUGCGAACAUGUGUGCAAAUAAGAACAAAUGGCACGACGGUUAAGAUUGCAUUUUGCAGUCCAAAGAAGCAACACUGAUCCAUUAUCAGAAAUCUCUGGAGAUGGUUUGGAUGGUAACGUUCUUGUGUAUUUCCAAAGACCUUCACAGAAUUCUGCACCUGAUGUUAUACAAAUUAAGGUGACUCCCAAGCAAGCUGUCUUUCCAACGGUAAUGCAGAAAAUAAUUAAUCAACGGCAGCAUUCAACUGUUUCUUCAUUGCAAAAGAAAAACAAAAAGAGCGCCUCACUGCAGAUUUCCCUGCAGUCUAGAAGGUAUAGUGACUGUUUUCAAUCUGAUACAGUAGUUGCUAGUGAGGACACUUUCAUCAGUGUUGGUAAUGAAGGAAAUGCUUGUAACAGGAAUAUGGCUGAUUACAGAUCUAAUGUGCUAAACAGUAGCAGCCAUUUGAGCAAUGCUACCAUGUGCACUGGCAAUCUUGACGGUAUUGCAGCGAAUAACAGUGGAUCCUUCAGUAGAACUGGCAGUGACUAUGAAUCGUGUACAGGUAUCACUAGUGAUGGAGGCUCAUACAGCAACAGUAUAAUCAGUGACAGUAGUAGUUGCACUCUUUCCACUGGUGGUAAUAUCUGUAGCAGUAUUGUAUAUAGUACUUCUUCAUAUAGAAGCACAGCAAACAAAUGUAAUUCCUAUAGGAACAAUAUAUAUGAGGAAAAUUUAUGUAGAAGUAAAAAUACUACUUUUGAUCAAGAUGGUUUGGAACAAGUGAAAUUGCCAAUGAGGAGGAAAACUAAAAUUCCACUACAAGGUUUUUCAUCUUUGGUCAUCUUUCCUAGGAGUCCUUCCACUACCCCACCAACUUCUCCAACAUGCUUGGGUCCUCUACCAAGCAGGGGAUCUUAUCAGACAUCACAACAGUUCGUUAUUUCUCCUACUGAACUGGCACAAAAUGAAGAUCAAACAACUUCUUCUAAAGGGUUCCUUUCAACAGCAGUCAAUGGACUUCGACUAUCUAAAACCAUUUGCUCUCCUGGUGAAACUAGAGACAUUAGACCAUUUUACUUGAAUAGUGCAUUACAGGACAAAAAUCAGGCUGCAAGUAGCGCUGAGCAGACAACAUGUAAAAAAAUAUCCAACAGCUUCCCUUGUAUUUCAGUUCAUUUCACUCAGCAAAGAGAAUCUGAAUCAAGGGAUGAAAUGGUUAAUGGUUGCUACAGUCCAGAGUUAUCAGAAAAGGAAUUAAAUUUGUACUCUGAUGCAAAGUACCCUAAUUUAAAACUGAUACGUAGCACAUCUGCAUGUUUGCCCUCAAAAAAACAUUCUGAGUAUCAGAUUCUUAUAAACGAAUUAGAAAGACCAAAUACACAAAUGAGGACAACCCACCAUAUUCUGCAAAGAAGUGUUUCAUUAGAAGGAUCUUGUCAAAAAGUUUCUUGCUGUUUAUCCAGUCUUAAAUGCAAGUGUCCUAAGGCAGAGACAUCCCAGUUGCACAUACAGUUCACACCUGGAAAUGAAGGAAAAACUCGUGGCUUUCCAAAAAAUGCUAGUAUCUGCAAAAGGGAAUCAAGUAGUACUUUGUGGAGGCCCCACAAGACAAGAGAUGACUUCUUAGGUCAAGUGGAUGUUCCUCUUCAUCAAUUACCGACAGAAAAUCCAAAUAUGGAGAGACCAUACACCUUUAAAGAUUUUGUUCUUCAUCCAAGAAGUCACAAGUCAAGAGUUAAAGGUCACCUAAGAUUAAAAAUGACAUAUUUACCUAAAAACAAUGGAUCUGAAGAAGAAAACACAGAACAGGUGGAAGACCUGGAGCCUGGCUGGAUUAUAUUGGACCAACCGGAUGCUGCUUGCCAGCAGCAACAGGAAUCUCCUCCUCUACCUCCAGGCUGGGAAGAAAGACAAGAUAUCCUUGGUAGGACCUACUAUGUCAACCAUGAAUCUAGAAGAACACAAUGGAAAAGACCAACUGCUCAGGAUAAUCUAGCUGAUGUUGACAAUGGUAAUAUUCAUUUGGAGGCACAGCAUGCAUUUACCCAUCGGCGACAGAUAACAGAGGAAGCAGAAAAUCUAGACAACAGAGAUUCUCCUGAGAGCUGGGAAGUUAUAACUGAAGAUGAGGCCACUAUGUACAGCAAUCAGAAUCUUCAAACACUACUGCCACAGAGCAGUUCUGAUAUGCAGUCUCACCUUGCAGAAGAAUUGAAUAUCAGACUUACUAUCUCUGGGAGUCCAGCCACUGGCCAGUCAACUUCCUGCAGUAACCAUUCCAGCAGAAGAGGUAACCUGCAAACAUAUAGAGUUGAGGAACAGCCUGCACUUCCUGUGUUACUCUCUGCUUCAUCUGGAUUACCUCCAGGUUGGGAAGAAAGGCAAGAUGAAAAAGGAAGGUCAUAUUAUAUAGAUCACAAUUCCAGAACGACUACCUGGGUAAAACCUGUUGUGCAGACUACAAUAGAAACAAGUCAACUAUCAACUGUCCAAAGUGCUCCAACAGGACGUCAACCACAAACCUCAAGUGAUUCAUCAGAACAGUCUUCUAAUCAACACCCUGAAGUAGAGCAAGGAUUUCUCCCUAAAGGCUGGGAAGUCCGACAUGCACCAAAUGGGAGACCAUUCUUUAUUGACCACAAUACCAAAACAACUACAUGGGAAGAUCCAAGAUUGAAAAUUCCAGCUCAUCUGAGGAAAAAGACAUCUCUAGAUCCUGUAGAUUUAGGCCCCUUGCCACCAGGAUGGGAAGAGAGAACUCACACAGAUGGAAGAAUAUUCUAUAUAAACCACAAUACAAAAAAAACACAAUGGGAAGAUCCUCGAUUGCAGAAUGUAGCAAUAUCUGGACCAGCUGUGCCUUAUUCCAGGGAUUAUAAACGAAAGUAUGAAUUCUUCAGAAAGAAGUUGAAGAAGCAGAGUGAUAUUCCAAACAGAUUUGAAAUGAAACUUCACCGUGCAACAAUCCUUGAAGAUUCUUACAGAAGAAUUAUAGCUGUAAAGAGAGCAGAUUUCCUUAAAGCAAGACUCUGGAUUGAGUUUGAUGGUGAAAAAGGCUUAGAUUAUGGAGGAGUGGCCAGAGAAUGGUUCUUCCUUCUCUCUAAAGAAAUGUUUAAUCCCUAUUAUGGAUUGUUUGAAUAUUCUGCCACGGAUAACUACACUCUGCAGAUAAAUCCAAACUCUGGAUUGUGCAAUGAAGAUCAUCUCUCAUACUUCAAGUUUAUAGGACGUGUAGCUGGAAUGGCCGUUUACCAUGGCAAGCUGCUGGAUGGCUUUUUUAUUCGACCUUUUUACAAGAUGAUGCUUCAAAAACCAAUAACACUUCAUGAUAUGGAAUCUGUGGAUAGUGAAUAUUACAAUUCUCUGAGAUGGAUUCUUGAAAAUGAUCCAGCAGAAUUGGAUCUUAGGUUUAUUGUUGAUGAAGAACUCUUUGGACAGACCCAUCAACAUGAGCUAAAAAGUGGUGGAUCAGAAAUAGUUGUCACCAACAAGAACAAGCGGGACUACAUUCAUCUUGUAAUUCAAUGGAGAUUUGUGAGUAGAGUCCAGAAGCAGAUGGCUGCCUUUAAAGAGGGUUUUUUUGAACUAAUAUCUCAAGAUCUAAUCAAAAUUUUUGAUGAAAAUGAACUAGAGUUACUAAUGUGUGGACUGGGAGAUGUGGAUGUGGCUGACUGGAAGCUAUAUACAAAAUACAAAAAUGGCUACAGCAUAAAUCACCAAGUUAUACAGUGGUUUUGGAAGGCAGUGUUAAUGAUGGAUUCUGAGAAGCGAAUAAGAUUACUUCAGUUUGUCACUGGCACAUCCCGUGUACCUAUGAAUGGAUUUGCUGAGUUGUAUGGUUCAAAUGGACCACAGUUGUUUACGGUUGAACAGUGGGGCACCCCUGAAAAACUGCCAAGAGCUCAUACCUGCUUUAACCGCUUGGAUUUGCCUCCAUAUGAGUCAUUUGAAGAUUUAUGGGACAAACUUCUCAUAGCAAUUGAAAAUACUCAGGGUUUUGAUGGGGUUGAUUAGGCCACAGAAUUCAACAUGCUAUGUUGUUCCAGUGCUGCGAUUUCUUUUCAAAGGUUUACAGACAGUUUAAGUAUUUCCAGGGAACCUACUGUUCAUUCAGUUAUUUGACUAUUGAACUUUCAUAGUGUAAUUUGUAAAACAAAUAAGUGUUAAAAUUCACCAACGCUCUUAAAUACGUUUUCAGUAAUAUAUAUUUUAUGAGUGCCCACAAAAUGUAUAGUGGGUAGCUUAACCCUACCAAUGCCUCAAAGAGUAAAAUGUCUUUCAACAAUUACCUCUUCUACAGUAUUUGCCAGAUUGUCCUACAUUAAACUACUGAAAGUAAAACUGUGAAACAAUGUUUGCAAGUGUACAUUUGAAACAUUGCUGCUCUCUUGAAGAGUAACUGAAAUGAUUAAACGGUUUGAGGAAAUUCAGUAUAAUGCAAUAUCCUAUUCUGUGCUGCUUCAGGCUGUUUACGACAGAUCUGCCCAAAGCACCUUAUUGUUUAGUAUAUUGACUAAAACAUUGGAAAGCAUUUGCAUUUCUUACUCACAUCAGCUUGCAGAAUAUUAACUGACUUAUAUAAGCUUUUUUUAAGAAUUCUGUUUCAACUUGCUUUUGUUAAAAUGCAGUUUGACAAAACCAGGAACUUUUGUAAGACACACUUGAGUAGCAUAUUUCUGAAUUGUAAUAAGAAAUUAUAUUCUUUUUGUCUGAAUUCAUAUGCUAUCAUUGAUUUCUUGAGUUUUCAUCACGUUUUUGAUAAAUGUUAACAAUGGAUAAUAUUUCAGUUCAGCCUUUUGCAACAAAAUAAAUCUUAAAGCAGAAUUUGUCUGAAUACCACAGAGUAUUAACUAAAACUGACAGUUAAAUGCCUUUGUUAUCCAUUCUUGCAGUCUUGCACAACAAAACAGUAAGGACAUGUUUACAGGGUUUUAUGGGCCAAAUUCAGCCAUCUGAUAUGUGCAAACUUUACUGACAUCAAUGGGAAUUGGGCAUAUGAAUCCAGGAGCAGAAUUUGGCCCUAUAAUAUGUUUACAGGUUAUGCUAGUUUCUGUAUCUGCAUUUUUAUAUUUUUUAUUUCUUCUCUGUUAGUCUAGAAACCAAAUUUGUUAAUAUGGUAUAACCAAAGUCAUAGCCAAUAAUGUGUAAUUUAUUGUAGGUCAGCUCUUCUUAUAAACUUAGCUUGUGUUUUGUACAUGUGUAUAUUUUUGAUUUGAGUGUCAGCACUGGUUAUUUUGGCAAGUGCUGGUUAAAAUGAUUAUCAAACUGAAUUCUGAAAAAAUGUAUAAGGUUACAUGCCUGGCUUGCUUUAAUUUGAACAUUUUGUUAACCAGUAUGAUCUCGAGGCAAUUAUAGUACAUAGCUUUGGCCAGCAAUUUUUUAUUCAGUCACUGUCUUUUAAAUAUGCAAAAACAAAAAUGUAGGUCACCUCUAUAAAGACAUGUAAAUUAUGUAACACAUGUAAUAGGUCUUAAGGGGUAUUUAAAAUCCCACUUUGUUUUAUUCUUUAAAUUGGUCUUUAAUGCUGAAUAUUACAUGUAAAUAAAAAGUAACUUAUACAAAAUCCUGAUAAUCUAGAUGGAGUUUUGUAAAAUUUGAAAUGAUAUAUCAGUAAUUCUGUAUAGAUUUGAAUGUAGCAGUAUUCGUUGCAUAGUUUAAAAUAUAAAAUAUUCACAAAUAAAGAUCCUGAAGCAGUAAAUAAAAAUUUAUUCUAAUAAAGAAAUUGAUUCAUUGAAUUCAAAUUCAAGCCAAGAAGCUUAAAGAAGCACCUGGUUGUCAGUUCAGAUUUGUUAAUGUAUUGAGAAGACCUAUGACUAUCCUCCUCCAUUCCCAAGAUGUACACAAAUAACUUGGAUGGAUAAUUUUCACCAUUAAUUGCAUGACUAGGUAUGGAAGCAUUACGCAUAGGAAGAUUUUAGGGUGAAACUGUGGUUCCACUGAAGUUUUGCCAUUGACUUCAAGGGGACCAGGAUUUAGUUAGCCCUUAAUCUUAGAAGGAUAUUGGACUAAAUGAACCAAAGGUGUAACCUGGUUUGACAUUUUCUGGUCACCUAGAAGAACACAAUCUGUUCUGAGCUUGAACAAAGUUUUAAUACACACUGUGGGAGCAGUAGUGACAUCACAUUUAAACUUGUAGUAGAUACUGCAGAUCAAGAAUGCAGAAGUGUCAAUAAACUAAACUUAAAUUAAAACAUAUUUGAUUCAUUUGAAUUUUCCAUGUUGAUUUUGUAUGGAUUGGGUGCAUAUGCACAGAAUGACCCUUCCAAAAUGACUACUUUUUUUCUUUUUUCUUUUUCUUUUUUUUUUUUUUAAAUACCUUGUCUCACUCUUUUUGGAUCCCUUUAGCAAAACACAGCUACAAUAUUUGGCUCACACAUUAUAGCUGCUAAAUUGGACAAUAACAAUUAGAAGCAAGUACCCUUUUUACUCUUUAUUUUAAAAGUUACUGUUAAAUACCUCAGUUCCAUCUUGUAUUUAUAAAUAUGGACACUAUUUUCACUAUGUAAGUUACUAUGAACAUGUUUUCCAACCAGAAAUUAGUUGACACAAUGUGUCAGACAAAGCAGAUAUUUUCUGCAUAUGGCUUAGGCCAGUGGUUCUCAACCAGGGGUACAUAUGCAGGUAUGUAGAGAUCUUCCAGAGGUACAUCAACUCAUCUAGAUAUUUGCCUAGUUUUAAAACAGGCUACAUAAAAAGCACUAAC